AUGGACGUGGACGAGCCCGAUAUCCGGUUCAAAGCCAAGAAGCGCACCAAGACGCUGCGCCACCGCGACCGCAGCACCUCCCCCGCGACGCCCGCCGCCGCCAGCAGGACACACGACGCGCCUGCCACACCUCCCGCCGACGAGCGGCGCCCCUCGGACGCGUCCGCCUCCGCCGUGCAGGCCGCGCUGAAGCUGCGACAUGCCGCGCGCGCCAAGAGCCGUUUCCGGGGGGGCGUCGCCUUUGGCCGGGACGAGGAGCACGCGGACGGCAGCGCGGACGACGGCGGCAGCGAGACGACGACGAGCCUGGUGCUGCGCGAACCUCCCCAGGGCCUGCCGGACCGGUUCAUGCACCAGACGGGCUUCAUCUCCGACGCCCAGGACAAACACAUGAUGGCCUAUGUAGAGUCGCGCCUCUCCACACGCGCCGGCCUCGCUGAGCCCGCCGCCGCCGCCGCAGACGACAACACCAGGAAAAGUACACCACAGCAGCAGCCACUGGACGGGACGUGGCGGGCCCGCGGCGCCCCGGGCACCAUGCAGACAGGCACGUCGACGACGAGCUUCACCCGGCUCGUCGAGGUGCAGGUGCCCGUCGGCGCAGACACCAGCAGCAGCCGCGGGCGGAAACGCGGGGCGGCGCCCGACGCCGGAGCCAAGCCAGCGGCGCCUGCGCGCCGACGGCGCAACCGGCGCGGCAGCGACGACAUGAAGCGGGACGCCAUGGUUGAAGCCUUUCUGUCGGAAAACAAACUCGACGUCUACGACGUCCCCGCCCCAACCACAGCCACCACUGACCCCAGCCGGUCCGCCGACGACGUGCUCGCCGACGACUUUCGGCAGCAGUACCUGGACGAGGUGGCCGCGCGCCGGCUGCGUCGCCGGCCGGCCGUCAACCAGCCGCGCGGCCUGUCGCAGAAGCAGCAGGCGCACCAGCUGGCCGUCGCGGCGGGCGAGGUGCUCAAGGGACCCAAGCUGGGCGGCAGCCGCAACGCGAGGGCCGCGGUGCGGGACGCGCUGCUGCAGCAGCAGGAGCUGGGCAAGAAGAGGGCGUGA